UCGCCAGUCGGAAACGGCUUUGACUUGCAAAGCAUCGGCUUUCGCCAGCACACGCCAGCCACCACCAUGGGCAGGAUCAUCUUCUACGAGGACAGGAACUUCAUGGGCCGCUCCUACGAGAGCAGCAGCGACUGUUCCGAUAUGUCCACCUACCUGAGCCGCUGCCACUCCUGCAGGGUGGAGAGUGGCUGCUGGAUGGUCUACGACCGCCCCAACUUCCAGGGAAAGCAGUACUUCAUGAGGAGGGGCGAGUACGCCGACUGCAUGAGCAUGAUGGGAAUGACGGACUGGAUCCGGUCUUGCCGCCAGAUCCCUAUGCACAGAGGAUCCUACAGAAUGAGGAUCUACGAGAGGGAGAACUUUAUGGGACAGAUGAUGGAGGUGACCGAGGACUGUGAGUCCAUCAUGGAUCGCUACCACUGGUCCAACGGCUGCCAGUCCUGCCACGUGAUGGACGGCCACUGGCUCGUGUACGAGCAGCCCCAGUACAGAGGCAGGAUGUUCUACUUCAGGCCCGGAGAGUACAGGAACUUCAGAGAGAGCAUGGGAAUGAGCAGCAUGAGGUUCAUGAGCAUGAGGCGCAUCAUGGACUCCUGGUAUUAAACUCAUUUGAAAUUACCUGAUGCAAAUAUUUUAUGACAUUUGAAUAAAAAAUGACAAAAAAAUGCAAAAAA